AUCAUUACCCGCCUGUUCCGCCGCCUCUCUCUACUCUGACCAACCCUCCACGUGACCUCACCACGACAAAACUAUCAUCAAAAAACACCAUGUCACUCUUUAUCUCACCGUCACCCUCGCUUACCCUCCACCCCCAUGCGCACGUUAGCCCCUCCAUGUCCGUCCUACGCCGCCUCCAUCUAAACCUUCGCUCCAGCCGCCGCCGCCUCGCCACCGUUUCCGCCGCUGUUCGUCAGGACACUACCGUCUGGACCCCAGCGCCACUCUCCGAGGUCGAGCCCGCUGCCGAGUCGCUCUUCCACGUCGCCAUCGACGUGUCCGACGCUCCCGACCUCGCCGCGUCCCACACAAUCGCCGGGCAGUACCUCCAGCUCCGCGUGCCCGACUCGUCCAAGCCCUCGUUCCUCGCCAUUGCAUCGCCGCCGAAGCUGGCCGCGAAGCAUGGCGUGUUCGAGUUCCUCGUGAAGAGCGUGGCGGGGUCCACCGCGGAAGCGCUGUGCGCGUUGAAGAGAGGCGAUGUGGUUGAACUAAGCCAAGUCAUGGGAAACGGAUUCAACAUUAAUCUGAUCCAGCCGCCCGAGAAAUAUGGAACCGUUAUCGUCUUCGCUACUGGAUCUGGAAUUAGUCCAAUUCGGUCUCUAAUUGAGUCGGGGUUUGAUGCGGGGAAUAGGUCUGAUGUAAGACUAUAUUAUGGGGCCAGAAACCUACAGAGACUGGCUUAUCAGGAUAAAUUUAAAGACUGGGAAUCUUCUGGUGUGAAGAUUGUUCCUGUAUUGUCUCAACCUGAUGAUAGUUGGACUGGGGAAACUGGCUAUGUUCAGGCUGCAUUUUCAAAGGCAAAGCAGAUAUCUAACCCACUGGCAACUGGUGCCGUACUUUGUGGGCACAAACAGAUGACCGAGGAGGUGACGUCAAUUCUUGUUGCUGAUGGAGUAUCUGCAGAUAAGAUAUUGAAGAACUUCUGAUAAAAGUGGAGUUUGGUUAGUGUUGUAUCAUUUUUGAAUUUGAAUUAUACUCGAUAUUUGUUCACUGCCUUUGCUGUGUAUCAAGCAUCUCGGCAUGGAAUGUAUAAUAAAGAACAAUUUUGGAAUAGUUUAUUUUGGGGGUCCAAAUGUUUGACAGAUAUACAGGGCCUAGGAAAGUUGAGUAAAAUUUCCAACGGUUUGAUUGUUGCACUAUAACAUUGAUGUAUUGAUGCCUGUAUUAUCUCGUCGCAAGUUGAUAUAUGGGCAUUAAAGUUGGCACCGAGUCUCUAGUUAAGUUAGCCAAGCAUAGCUUCCAAACAUGAAUUCUUUUGUUGUGUAACUUCUUCAUAAACUCAGAUUUGGAUUAGCGACAGAAUAGACCAUUUUUACAA